AUGAAUAUAUUUCUAAAUUUACCAGAAGAAGUAGUAGCACUUAUUAUUAAAUAUGUCAAUGAUAAACAAAAGCUUGAAGAAUUGAUUCCCAUUCCAGCGGUACAACAAUAUGCAUUACGCGAAAGAUACUCAACUUACAAAAUUGACGCUUUAGGUGAAAUCGAUGAUGGAUCAAUCGAAAACUUGAAAGAAAUUUGUCUCAAAUACAACUUCAAACCCUCAAAAAUAAUUGGAAAUCUUCAUGGAAUAAAACAACUAAUUAAAACUUCAAAACCCAAACCAGCAAUAAAUAGAAGAACAAGAUCAACCAUCCAAGACGUCAAUCAAUUUAUAAAUACUAUCGAUUUUGGUCAAGUAGAAUUUGAAGUUGUAUUGCCUAAUGAAGUUGAUUAUUUUGAGUUUAGCUCAGUUGUUGAAAAGCUUAAUGUAACUGGAAUACAUAUGAAUAAGGGACAUAUAAUUUUUUUCACUAGACAUGGUGAAAGUCGAGGAGCAUCAUUUUUGGAAUUGAUAAAAACAAGUAAUUUAACAUCAUUAACUACAAAUUAUCUGGAUUCACUUCAAAUUCAACCACCCGAAUCCCUAAAAGAGUUAACAAUUUAUAAUCAGUUGAACCAAAAUUUUUCCUUGAAUUUAAGUACAUUAAAUAAUCUUCAAAAGUUUAUCUGUCAUGACUUAAGGGAAAUGGAUUCAUUAGAUGGUCUUCAAAUACCAAAAUCAAUCAAACAUUUAGAAUUACAAUCUUGCGGAAUGCAAAAUGUAAAUAACUUAGAAAGUUUAAUAAAAAUGAAUACACUUAUUAUCAAAGAUUGUUCUAAUUUCAUUAGUUUUAUCAAAUGCAUUUUACCUGAAUCUUUAAGAAAUUUAUUCUAUGCCAAUUGUCUCACAAAAGAAAAAGUGAAUCAACUAUAUAAUGAAGUUAAAGAACUCAUAAAUGAUCAAUUUGAAAUUUCAGAUUUUUCAAGUGAUGGUAAAUCAUUAGUCAUUGGUCCUGAUUUUAUUUUUCCUCCAAAUUUAUAUAAUAUGACUAUUCGAGAUCUUAGGGGUACUUUACACUUUGAAUCACAAUCAACAUUAAGAGGACUUGAUAAAUUAGAAUUAACUGGUAUAAAAAAUUUCAACUUAAAAGAAUUUUUUCAAUUAUUACAAAAUGAGUUAACUUCAGUUAAAAUCAACAACUGUCAAAUUUUGGAUAUUGAUGACUGCCAAUUUCCCUGUGUAAAAGAGUUAAAGUUUUCGGGAAAUACGAUUAACACAGUUUUUAAAUCAAAUUUAGCUCAGUUGGGUUGUUUAAAAAAUUUAAUAAUUGAACUGAAUACUUAUGCUAAUUUCUUUGGUGUGGAUCCUAUCAAAUUCUUAAGAAUUGAAAAUACAUUUGUUGAUUCAUCUGGUACACCAAAGAAGAAAGUUGCAAAAAAUGUUGAAUCGUCAUCAAGCGACCAAGAUGUUUCAAUUAAUAUGCCAAAUUUACAGUUUUUAAGUUUAGGUAAAUACAAUAGAACUUUGGGAAGAAGAAAUAAUUUUUAUAUUGAAGAUGUUCCUCCACCGGUAAAUUUAAAUGGCUGUAAAAAUUUAGUUUCGUUAUCAAUGUCCAGCAUGGGAUAUAAAAUUUUGAAUCUUGACUUUUUACCAAAUUCAUUAAAAGUUAUACAAUUGAUAAAUUUCAAAUUUUCUUCAAUCGUUGGUGUUUUUAGUAAAUUUUCACAUCUAGAAAAGUUAGAUUUAAGAUCUAAUGAAAUUAGCUAUUCAAUGUUAUCAGAUCAAUCAUUCUCAAAUAGUCUAAAAAUUUUAGAUUUAUCAGAUAAUAAACUUGAAGAUUUGACUUGUUUAUAUCUUACAAAUUGUAUUAAUUUGAAUUGUUUGAUUUUAAACAAAGUAACUGGUCUGGAUAAUCCAAAAGGUGCAAUGGAAUUAAAACAAUUAUUUUUAAAAAUUAAUAUUGACUCAAAAGAAAAUACAGCUGAAUUAAGUAAUCGUAAUUCAAAAAAGAUUUUUAAAAUUUUUAAUGGUAUUGAUGUUAGUAGAGCUGCUAAAAGGGAAGCAAAAUCAAAAUCAACCUUAAAAGCAAGAUCAAGAUCAAGACAUACUGAUGAUGAUCCAGCUUACAGAGGGUGA